AGCUUUGACACUUGUUACAAACAGCCUACACUUUCCGCCGCGUGUCAUAGUAUUAUCUGAUAUUAUCGCGUGGCGCAUAUAAACAUACACUUUGUAUUCGGCGUACAAUUAAUUGUAAUUCAUACAAUGGCUGAGUUAGAAGAAUUACGAUGUCGAAUAAAAGAGCUCGAAAAUAAAUUAUUAGAAGAGCAGAAUAAAAACACGUUGGCAACUAGAGAAAAAAUAGAACAUAUGUCAGGUGAAGUGGUUGACUCGAAUCCGUACAGUCGGUUAAUGGCUCUGAAACGUAUGGGUAUUGUUGACAAUUAUGAAAGAAUAAGGGAGCUGACAAUUGCUAUAGUUGGCGUGGGUGGUGUUGGAAGCGUGACUGCAGAAAUGUUUACAAGGUGCGGUAUUGGAAAGCUGAUCCUGUUUGACUAUGACAAAGUAGAACUGGCAAAUAUGAACAGACUUUUCUUUCAACCGUAUCAGGCUGGUCAGAGUAAAGUAGAUGCGGCAGCAAAAACAUUGCAAGAUAUUAACCCUGAUGUAAAAAUUGAGACUCAUAAUUACAAUAUUACUACAGUGGACCACUUUGAUGAUUUUAUGAAAACAAUAAGUACAUCAAGUUUAAACAAUGGACCUGUUGAUUUAGUCCUAAGUUGCGUAGAUAAUUUUGAAGCACGCAUGGCAAUCAAUACUGCUUGUAAUGAACUAAAUCAAAGCUGGUUUGAAAGUGGAGUCUCUGAAAAUGCUGUUUCUGGACACAUUCAAUUUAUUAUUCCUGGGGAGACUGCUUGUUUCGCAUGUGCCCCUCCUUUAAUAGUGGCAGAAAAUAUAAAUGAAAAGACAUUGAAACGGGAUGGUGUAUGCGCAGCAUCUUUACCUACAACCAUGGGAAUUGUGGCUGGAUUUUUAGUUCAAAAUGCACUGAAAUAUCUUUUAAAUUUCGGCGAGGUAUCCUACUACUUGGGAUACAAUGCUAUGCAAGAUUUCUUCCCAAAAAUGACAUUGAGACCGAAUACGAACUGCGAUGACAGAUACUGCAGAGAACGUCAACAGGAGUACGCGAGAAAACCAAAACCUCUACAGAAAGUAAAGGAAAUAGUAGAGAAUAAACCUUUGCACGAGGACAACGAAUGGGGAAUUUCACUCGUCGACGAACAAGAUCAGCAAGUGGAUGAGAACGAGUGUCCACCAUUUAUGGGUGUGAAGGUAGCUCAUAGUUUACCACCUCGUUCACCUGAUACACAAAUAAAACAAAUGCCAUCCGCAUCUGGACCAAGUUUAGAAGAACUUAUGACACAAAUGAAAUCCAUUUGA